UCAUGACUACACAGUUAAGGGUCGUCCAUCUGCUUCCCCUUCUCCUAGCCUGCUUUGUGCAAACAAGUCCCAAGCAGGAGAAGAUGAAGAUGGAUUGCCACAAAGACGAGAAAGGCACCAUCUAUGACUAUGAGGCCAUCGCACUUAAUAAGAAUGAAUAUGUUUCCUUCAAGCAGUAUGUGGGCAAGCACAUCCUCUUCGUCAACGUGGCCACCUACUGUGGUCUGACAGCGCAAUAUCCUGGUAUGUCCGUCCAGGGGGAGGAUUUGUACCUAGUUUCCAGCUUUUUGAGAAAGGGGAUGUGAAUGGUGAAAAAGAACAGAAAGUCUUCAGUUUCUUGAAGCACUCCUGUCCUCAUCCCUCUGAGAUUUUGGGCACAUUCAAAUCUAUAUCCUGGGACCCUGUAAAGGUCCAUGACAUCCGUUGGAACUUCGAAAAGUUCCUGGUGGGGCCUGAUGGAAUCCCUGUCAUGCGCUGGUCCCACCGGGCUACGGUCAGCUCAGUCAAGACAGACAUCCUGGCGUACUUGAAGCAAUUCAAAACCAAAUAGGAAGGUGGAGUUAAGGGCAGGAGCAACCCUACUUCUCACCUAAUGACUUGCUCUCCCCACCCCCCCCAAAAAAAGGAAUAUCCAUCUUCUCACCACACUCUCUUCCUGCAUGGGCUCCACCUGAGUAAAUCACCGCCACAUACUGCCAGAAUUCCCACUCUCCACAAACUAGAUUUAUAUUUGGAAGGCUACUGCUCUUUUGCCUCUCAAGAGUAUGUGGGUGAAGACUGAAAAAAAUGGAAACCUAAAAUCCCCAGACCUCUGUUACAGGUUGAAUCAUUCAUAUCCACCAGAGGGAAAUCAUCCUUCCACGACAAUGAUUCAGUCGGCCAUCACAUCCUGAAGAACAUUCCUAGACAUUCUGACUCUUCCAUCUCUCUCUACCCUGGAGGUGUAGAAAUAGCAAUGGGGUCAUAGUCACACAAUUUAGGUUCCACUUCAUAACAUUUUUUGUCUCCUAGGACAAACGUGUAUCAUCAGUUUCCAACUGUUUUGGCUCAGUUUUCAUCCAUGACACCUCCCCCUACCAGCCAUUCUCCUGUGGGAGCAAGAACAUUGCUUCAAAAGAAGAGAGGGCAUCUCCAUGCUUGUGGGACCCAAAACCUGUCUCUGGCCCUACAAAAGUUUUCCUAAUUGUCUGAUCUUUAGUGCAUUCAGGUUAUGGCACCUGGAGAGGAAUGCCCUUUAUCUUUUGAAGGAUGGGAUUUCCCAUCUCAACCCUGGAUUCCUCACCUUCAGAACGAGCCCUGCCACUGUCUCCAAUAAAAUGUUUUCUGCAGCAUCG